AUGAGCGAAAAUAAUAGAAUACAACUUUCAUAUAAACACCUUGUCGAGCUACUUACUCUUAAGCACGAUUUGGAUCCUAUUUCUUCACAAAAAUUUUAUUCCUAUAGUAUCACUUAUUUUUUAGCUUUCUACGAAGACGGUUUUCAAGAACAUUUGUUUUGCAACGAAGAAUUUAUAGAUAUUUCGACCGAACUUUUAGAAUUAUUUUCAUUGAUUGAACCUGACGAAUCUGUAGAAAAAUUUAAAAAAAUAUUAGCUGAUCAAUUAUCAAUUUGUGCUAAAUGCAUAAAGACAUAUCAUUUACGAAAAUCUAAAUUAAGAAAAAGAAACUUAAUUGUAUAUAAGGACACGCAUAAUGUUGAUAAAACAUUUUCUGUUAUUGAUUCUUGGGAUCAGGAAAGAGUUAUUUUCACUUUGACAAAAUUGAAAGAUAAGCUUAAAGGCACAAUGUCCUCAAAAAUUUAUAAAGAAAAAUCAUUAUUUGAAAAAACUCGGAACGCCGUAUUUUUGGAAAUGUUAAUAAAUUAUCGUUUAUUCAAGAUUUCUAAUAUUAAUUCUCUUUUUGUUGAGGUAUAUUCAUUAACGAACGCGUCAUUAUCAAUUGAACAAGAAUUUCCAGUUGGAAUGAUUAUUGCAUCAGUUCACGAAAAUGAUUUUAUUCGAAAAAAUGCAUGGCAAUGUAUGGACAAUUUUCAAAAUAUAAUUAAUCGGGAUACUUACGAUACAUAUAAAGAUUGCGUGAAUGAAUUGAUUCAAUAUCUUCGUCAAAUGGGUAAAAAUAAUUCAGAAUAUCCAUUUACUAAGAAAUUACAAGUUUUUUGGAAAGGUGUUAGGAAACUUCUCAACUGUUUAGACUUGGAUUCUAUUAUAUAUGGAUUUUGUAAUGAAACUACAGAUUUUUGCAAUUUAGUUAAUUCUUAUAUGGAAAUAGUUGAACAAGGAAGCACUUAUAUUGAAGUUGGUAAAUGUUUUGAGGUUCUUUUAAACCAACUGAGAAUUCAUUAUUGGGAAUAUUCUUUUCGGCCCCCAAAACUUGUAUUAGGGGAUGCUUUUAAAAGCGAAGCUUUCAUGAAAGUGGCUAUACAAUACCCACAGCAAUGUAAACAUUUGUUUGAAUGGGUUCCAGAAUUUACUUUUUCUUUGGUGGAUAAUCCAAACUUUAAAGAUAUUUUCACGGACGUUUUGGAAUGGUUGCUUGUCACUUUUCAGAGAAUUACUAUGCCUGAGAUGUUGGCACUUGAAUCAAUGAGAAUGGCCUUGACAUUAAUUAGAAAUCAUAAUGAAAUUCUUGAGGAAUCUUUGCAAGAAAAGUUGAAAAUUAUAGAAUCAGGAAAUCAUGGCUUAUAUCAUAAUGCCUUGCAUGGUGAACGUCAUGAUAUUGUUUUUAAAUUAUUAUCUCGAGUUGAUGCUCUUCCAGUUCACAGUUCGCGAGGUAAUCCAAUCGUCCUGAUUACUGAAUCUCCAUCAACGAUAUCAAAAAAUGGAAAACCUGAAGCAUCGAAAAAAUUACCUCCUAGAACUCCAAUAUCAACGAUCUCAUCCAAUAAAACAUCUUCUAAACAAGUCGGGACAAUAAGAAAAAUGCGGGAAGCUUAUGUUAAAGAACAAAAAGCGAAGAUGGAAGAAGCAAGAAAGUUAGCAAUCGAAGAUGAAAAAUAUAAAAAAUCAAAAUCUGCCCCAAAAAAAAGUUUAGAAGUGCAAAAUAACGAAUUGAAAAUCUCAAGUUCAAAUAAAAAAUUAGAAAAUCAAGCUCCUCGAAAAGCUAAACUACUUGAUAUAAGCGAAGUAGUCACUAAAGAUAUCGAACAAUUUCGAAAGCAAAAGCAUCGCCAAGAAAAAGAAAAUAUUAAGCGACGUUUAAAACCUAAUAUGAAAAGUUUGCACAAAAAGGUUUUGUCAUGGAAUAUUGAUGCCACUGGUAAUGUUCCACCAAAUGUCUCGCAGGAUGUAUAUAAGCAAAUACCUGAUACCUUCAAGUCUGUGACAGAAUAUCAACAAACUUUUGAACCUCUAUUAAUUCUUGAGUUAUGGCAAAGCUUUAUACAAAACAAAGAGGAAAUAGAUGAAAAUAACAUUUAUGAAAUAUUCAUCGAAAGUAGUUCCUCUGUUGAUGAUUUUGUGGAAAUUUCGGCGUACUCGGAUUCACCUUUGAUGUAUUUAAACGAAAAUGAUCUUAUGGUGUUGAGAGAACCCAAUGAAAAUCAUUCUAGGAAAAUUAGUGAAUCUAGUAAAAACAGUAUCAAUUCUUCGACAAAGAAAUGUCUUUCAUUAAUAAACCAUGUUUCACCUAACAAAUUUGUGAUGCGAUGUUGCUUUGAACAAGACCUUGUUAAUAUGAGGCAUGAAUUAAGGCCGGGAAGUAAUUUAACACCCACGGCCCGAGAGUAUGCAGCAUUGAUGGCAAUGCCAUACUUCAAAUUUUGUAAUUUGAUAUUACAACCUGAAGCUUGGACAUCAUCACCUGUUCCUACAGAAGAGGUGACGAAAUAUAUGAAUCUUUAUAAAAUAAAUGAAUCACAAGCGGAGGCAAUUUGCAAAGUUCUUCAGAAAAAACAGGGAUUUUUAUUGAUUCAGGGACCUCCAGGAACCGGAAAAACCAGUACAAUUGUCAGUAUCAUUAGUGCAUUGAAGGCAACUUCACCUUCUUGUAAGCAUCGCAUUUUGGCUUGUGCUCCUUCAAAUGCUGCUGUCGAUGAGUUGGAGAGACGAUUAAGUCAAGGAAUAUUUGACAAGGAUGGAAAUUUAGUGCAAGUUAAUGUGACUCGUUUCGGAAAAAACGACAAUACGGAAGAAGUGGCAGACACUGUGAAAGAAACUAAUAAAUUUCGAAUGACUGAAUUACAAAAUUCUUUGGAUGAAAAAAAUAGAAAGCUUAGAGAUCCAACUAUUAAUGGAUGGGAUAUUUCAACUUUGCAAGCAGAUAUUACUCAAAUUAAUGAAGAAAUUCGUAAAUUAUCUCAAAGUUCCGAAUCCCGUUUAGAUCAAUCGGAAAAGAAAGAUAGGUUUAGGAAAGAUCAAGAACUUGCUGAUGCUGAUAUUAUUUGUGCAACUUUAGCUGGUAGUGGACAUGACAGGUUAUCGACCUAUAAAUUUGAUACUAUUAUCAUUGAUGAAGCGGCACAGGCAAUUGAACUAUGUACAAUAAUUCCAUUGAAAUUCAAUGUUAAUCUUUGCAUAUUAGUUGGUGAUCCGAAUCAAUUGCCUCCUACGGUUCUUUCAAAUGUUGCAACGCAAUACUUUUAUGAGCAAAGUCUAUUUAAUAGAUUGCAAAAGCGUUUUCCCCAAUCAGUUCAUAUGUUAAAGACACAAUAUAGAAUGCAUCCAGAGAUUAGUAAAUUUCCUAGUUUGCUUUUUUACAACUCAGAAUUAAAAAAUUCCGAAGGUUUGGAGUUAUCAAGAAAGCAGCCGUGGCAUAUAAAAUCAAUUUUUGCGCCUUACAAAUUCUUUGAAGUUAAAGGCGUUAUGACGUAUGUAAAAAAAUCAUAUUCUAAUCCCCAAGAAGCAAAAAUUGCAAUCAGAUUAGUUGAUAGACUUGUUAGAGACUUUCCUGAAAUUGAUUUUAGAGGGCGUAUUGGGGUGAUUACACCUUACAAAGGUCAGCUUUCAGAGAUUAAGAGACAAUUUAAAUCUCAACUCAGCCAAGAUCUUUUUGCGGAUAUAGAAUUUAACACGGUGGACGGUUUUCAAGGAAAAGAAAAGGAUUUAAUAAUAUUUUCUUGUGUGAGAGCGGGUGAAGAAAAUAGUGUUGGGUUCUUGAAAGAUCUUAGAAGACUAAAUGUGGCUUUAACACGAGCUAGAUCUUCUUUGUUUAUUCUUGGAAACCAACGAUCCUUGGAGCGAAAUGAGCUUUGGAAUAAAUUGAUAUUAGAUUCAAUUGCAAGAAAUUCUUUUAUAGAUUGUUCUAGUCCUGAAUUUGAAUUAUAUCUUUCUGCAAAACCUGGUGAAAGCCGACCAAAGAUUUUACCGAAAAAUUUUGUACAAAAAGUUUCUCAGGAACCCGCACCUCGGUCCAUUUUGCAUUAUGAUCGCCCGAGAGAAGAUCGAUACCCUCCUAAUCCCGACGGAAAUUAUCAUCGUAACGACAGAAAUUAUUAUCGUACCGAUAGAAAUCACGAAAACUCUAGAAGAAAUUUCAAUUCUGACCAAAAUGUAGGACCCAAUGGAUAUGGAUCAAAAGAACCACAACAAUUACUAUCUGUAAUACCAAAAAAGGGAUUCUAA